CUGUGCUUUUCGGUCAGGCCUGCCCCCACCCCCUCCCGGCUGCACACAAAAGCAGCAUACAUUAACUGUCUCCGGGAAGCCGCGAGCUGGGAAGCAGCAGACAGACACCUCGGAGGCAGGCAGGGCGCGCAGGCGGGUGGCGAUGACAGGGGGCGCAGCCGCAGCCCCGCGCGGGGGAACCCACCGCUAAGCCCGCACCCCACACCCCUGCACACACAAAAGAGCUUUGGCGGGGCGCUGGCCACGUCGCCCGGGGUGACCUUCCUCGGAUGCGGAAUCCGCCCCUGCCAGCAGCCUCUCCCUCCGAUGCUCUGAAGGCCUGGGGAGCCUGGGGGAUGCCCGGCCGCACCCGGGCAGGACUCGCCUUUGUUCGCCAGUGAGGAGGAGAGGCUGUCUCAGCGGCAGAGGGCUCAUCCCUGCUUCAAGCCGGUGCCUCUUCCCAGCUCCCAUGGGGACCACCGAAGCCACACUCCGGAUGGAAAAUGUGGACGUGAAGGAGGAAUGGCAGGACGAAGAUCUUCCCAGGCCGCUCCCAGAAGAGACGGGGGUGGAGCUGCUUGGCAGCCCGGUGGAAGACACAUCCUCGCCUCCCAGCACGCUAAACUUCAACGGAGCGCAUCGAAAGAGGAAGACGCUGCUGGCGCCAGAGAUCAACAUUUCCCUGGAUCAGAGCGAGGGGUCCCUGCUGUCCGAUGACUUCUUGGAUACCCCCGAUGACCUGGAUAUUAAUGUGGAUGACAUGGAGACCCCGGAUGAGACCGACUCCCUGGAGUUCCUGGGCAAUGGCAAUGAACUGGAGUGGGAAGCCGGGGCAGGGGUGGAGGCAGGCAGGGUGGGCACCGCAGGUGUCCUGAUGCUGGCUCCCCCCACAUUGGGUCCCUGCCUUCUGUGCCCCGGGAGCAGGUAUGUCAUCAGCAGCUUGGAGCUCCUGGUAGCCGAGGACUACAUGAUCGUGUACCUGAACGGCGCCACACCCCGGCGGAGGAUGCCUGGCAUCGGCUGGCUGAAGAAGUGCUACCAGAUGAUCGACCGGAGAUUGCGGAAAAACCUCAAGUCCUUGAUCAUCGUCCACCCCUCGUGGUUCAUUCGGACCGUGCUGGCCAUCUCCCGCCCUUUCAUCAGCGUCAAGUUCAUCAACAAGAUCCAGUACGUGCACAGCUUGGAAGACCUGGAACAACUCAUCCCCAUGGAACACGUCCAGAUCCCAGACUGCGUCUUGCAAUACGAAGAGGAAAGACUGAAGGCCAGGAGGGAGAGCGCAAGGCCCCAGCCGGAGUUCCUGCUGCCCAGGUGUGAAGAGAAACCAGAGGAGGACCCAGUGGAAAACAGGUCUGCUCCAGUCACAGAAGAAGAUCAGGAAACAAGCAUGUCCUGAGGUGACGUGAGCAUAACGAAAGACAUGGAAGAAGAUUCCAGAUGCCAGGAAACCUCUGUCAGAGCCCCACUGGCCCCAGAUCUCACCCUGCCUCCUCCUGAGUCCCAGUCUUCCAAGGCUGCCAGCCCCUCCAUUCAUCUCUGAAACCCAGCGUCCUUUCUCGCUGCUUGAAAACACUGUAUUUUGUUUUUAAUGAUGCAGUUGUGCGUUCCAGAAAAGGGCCAUCUCUGAGCGCUGCACCUUUCCACACGCAUGAACUCACAGCCAAGGAGAGCAAGAAGCGCAGCGGGUGGCCGUGAGGCCUCGGUGGCCUCCGCCCCUGCUCCCAGCCCCUGUGGUCAGAGCUGGAUUCAAGAUUUAAGACCCUUCUCUUGCUUGUCACCUGCUCUGGGUUGGAACCACAGACACCCACCGCCACCCCGGCUGGGUCUGCGUCCUUUCCUGUGCCUUUCCCUCCAGAACGCGGCCCUGGACCUGGAAACUCAACCCCCAUAGAAGGGUCACGUCCUGGGGUACCUCCUGGCCUCCGACCUUAUAUCCAAAAUUCACAUCAGUGGUUUUUCACUUAACCCGCCUCCGCCUCACUCAUAGUGACACCCAGCUCUUUGAGAAGCUCAGAGCCCAUUCACAAGAAGGGUCGCUGCCAACCGUCCUUGUCCUACGAUUGCAAAAUGAUGCCCCAGUAAUCUAGACCAUUCUCAAGCCCCUUUAAUUCAGACACCAAGCCGCAGGGCAAACCCAGUCAAUAUGUCCCACCAAGGAAUGAGACAUGCUGACCUUGGCCGGGCGCGGUGGCUCACGCUUGUAUUCCCAGCACUGUGGGAGGCCGAGACGGGUGGAUCACGACGUCAGGA